AUGUCCAAAGGCGUCGAAGCACUCAAAGGAACAUGGGAUCAAAUCAACGAUGAAAACAUGGAUGAAUUUCUCAAGGAACUUGGCGUUGGAAUGACAAAGCGAAUGGCAGUGAAAAGCAUGAAACCUCGCCUUGUUAUCAGUGAGAAUGGUGGUAAAUGGGCGAUUCGAUCUGAAAGCUCAUUGAAAACCAAAACAGUCGAAUUUAUACCAGGUGUUGAAUUCGAUGAAACAACAAGUGAUGGUCGUGAAGUCAAAACGAUUGUUCGUGUCAAAGGUAACACAUUGGAACAUACGAUGCACGGCAAAGAUGGAAAACAAUGUGUGGCAGUUCGUUAUGUCAACGAUCAAGGUCAACAACAGAUUGAUAUGAAAUGUGGCUCGGUAGAAGCUCAUCGUUGGUUCAAACGUGUUGAAUAA